AUGAACCGUGAAAGUUGGACUAUGAACCUGUCUCAGUCGUCAUAUGUCACUGAACUGAAAAACGUCAGAUGUCAAAGUCCCAGAAUGGUCCUCCUUAUUUUCUUUUUCUGCUGUUUGGCUACUACAUCCGCUCAAUUUAUAGAUGAGUUUCAAGAUUUUAACAUAGAAUGUCAGGGUGAGGGUGUUUUUGAGUGCAGAAGUGGAGAUUGUAUACUUCAGGAGCAGUUUUGCGAUGGUCGUUACGACUGUAAGGAUGGCAGUGAUGAGAACUUUUGCGUUAACCAAAACCCUGAUGAGAAGCACUGCAAUGAAACACACCAAUAUCUUUGUGGUGACGGCCAUAAAUGUAUCCCCAACUCUCGGGUUUGCAAUUCGAGUCCAGAUUGUGAUGAUGGCAGCGAUGAAAUGAACUGUAGUGUUAUUGUCAUAUCUCCUAAUGCAACAUGUAAGGGGUUUUCCUGUGACUCCAACCGCUGCAUAUCGAAGUUCUGGAUGUGCGAUGGCGACUACGACUGCGCGGAUAAAACUGAUGAAGAUAUAGUUACGACAUGUCGCCACGUGUUGCGGCCUCACAAAGUAAACACCGGACGCGAUUGCUAUUCCGAUGCCUUUCCAUUCCGAGAAAAAGAAUUUAAGUGCUUGGACAAAUCUUUCUGUCUGCCCAAAGACAGCAUGUGUGAUGGUAUUAAGGAUUGUAAAGAUGGCAGUGACGAAGGGGUAUUCUGUCAGAGUUGGCAUACGAUGUGUUCCAAUUUCUCAUGCAACGGCAGAGACUGCUCUCCAGAUCGUUCUGGUCCAUACUGCGACUGCGGCAGCCCUCAUUUUAAAUAUAACUACACGACACAAACCUGUGAAAGUGCGAAAAACUGCUUUGAUGACAUUCCGUGGUGCUCACAUUACUGUCAUCCGAGUGGUGAUGUGUUUAGAUGUACGUGCGACGAGGGAUAUAUCACGGACAUCGCGAGUUACCUUUGCUACGCCACCGGUCCUGAAGCUAUGCUAUUAUUUAGCACACGCAAUGAUAUCCGAUACAUUAAGCUGAAAUCUAAAGAACAGCGGGUGUUGGCGUCAGGAAUUAAACAGGGUCACGGAGUUUCAUCGGACGGUACGUUCGUAUACUGGGUAGAGAUAGCGGCGGGUCAUCAAGCUAUCAACAGAGCACAAAUUGAGAAUGUUGCUGAAACGAAACAGGUGCUGGUGGCGUUAGGUCUAGAGGACCCAGGCGAUAUAGCGGUCGAUUGGCUGGGAGGGAAUUUUUAUUUCACGGACGUACGGCGUGGCAUCAUCGGCGUGUGUAAAACCGACGGUUCUAUGUGCACCGUUUUAAAAGCCCAAACGAAGAAACCUCGAUUUGUCACCCUGGAUCCUAGAAAGGGAGAAAUGUACUGGGCCGAUUGGCAAGACAAGGCAGUGAUACUGAGGUCUCGCAUGGAUGGCACAAAGCCGGAUAUCAUAGUGGACGAAAUGGGGAAAUUCGGUCCCACCGGGAUGGCUUUGGACAGCCCUAAUGAUAGAUUAUAUUUCGUCGAUGGUGUUAUAAAAAUCGUUAAGCUGUUCGAUCUUAAAGUAUACUCUCUCUUCGAAGAGCCAUACCACGAUCCGUACACUAUAGUUGUGUUUGAGAACACUGUCUUCUGGAGCGACUGGACCUCGGCAACCAUCCACAGCACUGAUAAACUACACAGUACCGUCAGAAAAAAUCUUCUUAUGACAUUAAAGGAACCCGUCUUUGACAUGCACUUAUAUCACCCGCUUCUGAUGCCAGAUAAAGUAAACCCGUGUAGGCACAGUGGCUGCUCGCACAUUUGCGUACCGACAUCCAAUGUUACCUUCACUUGUCUAUGCCCUGAGGGUAUGGAACUCUUUGGAAAGAUAUGCAAAACCAUUUCCGAUUAUCACCCGCAAUACCUAAUAGUGGGCGGCGGAUCUUUAUUUACGCGCAUUCAAUAUGAUGUAUUGGGAAACCCAGAGACACACGCGACCCAUUUUAACAUCGAACGCGUACAAGCUAUGGCUUAUGACAACUUUAGAGGUACCCUCUACGUGUACGAUGGUCAUAGGAAAUCGAUCAAUUAUAUCGACUUGAAGGACUUUUCAUUAGGCGUCACUCACCUGUUCGUCUACAAUUCCUUAGAAAACGUUGUAGAUAUGGGAUAUGAUUACGUUUCGGAUGCCUUGUACAUAUUGGACGCUGGUCGCGGUAUGAUAGACGUCAUCUCUCUCAGAACUAAAGAGAGGACUUUGGUGUAUCGGUUCCCCAGUCAGGAAAUACCUAUUAGCUUUUGCAUUUUACCGGAUUACGGACGCUUGGUAGUUGCUGUGUUUGAGAGCGAAGUAAAAAAAGGAAUAAAUAUCGAUAGUAUGGGAUUGGACGGAGAUGAUAGGAAACAUAUUAUUACAAAAAUGAUAUAUGGUCCAAAUAUACGUCUGCAGUAUUCGUCGGAGCUGGAUGUCGUCUACUUAGCAGAUGAAUACGGUGUUAUCGAUCAUUUUCACCCAGAAGGUACGGGAAGGGAACGAUUCCGCGAAUUUACUUCUACCCUCGAAAGUUUUGCCGUUACGGACACACAUGUAUUUUGGACAGACAGAGAAACAAAACGUUUGUACUGGGCAGAUGUUCAUAGGGCUGGCUAUGUAAUACGACGGAUGGAAUUAUCAUUGUUUCCCAACAACACUUUGCUCCACCUACAAGCUACGUAUGCCCCAUAUUCCCUCAACAACACCCUUUUAAACCAUGUCUGCCAUCAAAACAAGACCCCGUGCUCCCAUAUUUGUGUCCAAGUCUCCCACCCCUUGCCCCAGGACCUCGAAAUGGGAUUUAAGUGCCUCUGCCCCGUGGGGCUGGUGCAGGUAAACAACACCUGCGAAGAAAUAGCGCUUUGUAAGCAUAACGAACAUUAUUGUCAUAGAAGCAAUAAAUGUUUCGCGUCGAGUAAGAAAUGUGAUGGUCACAAGGAUUGUCAGUUUGGCGAGGAUGAAGAAAAUUGCUCAUCAGGUACCACUACAAGCAAUCCACUAUGUCGAUACGACCAGAAAAUGUGUUUUGGUAAAUGCAUUGGUAAAAAUUAUGUUUGCGAGGAAAAGAAAGAAAAAGCCCCCCCUAUCUGUAGUAAAACACAAAGUAUGUGCGAUGAUUCAUCAAUGUGCAUCGAAUCAAGCAUGCUUUGCGACGGCUAUAGCGACUGCCCUGAUGGUAGCGACGAGCUCCCAUCCGUUUGCGACACUUUAAUUUGUAAAGAAUCCGAGUUUAGGUGUUCUACUGGAUACUGCGUUCCAGCAACUUGGCGAUGCGACAGAGCCUUGGACUGCAUCGAUGGCUCCGACGAAAUUAAUUGUACAGCCUUUAACAAGACCUGCCCUGAAGGUUUCCACCAAUGUAGCGACGGAAGUUGUAUAGAGUUGGAGAAGCGAUGCGACGGGAACUACGACUGCUUCGACGCAUCCGAUGAAGACAAAUGCGAUCUGCCUGAAGUAGCCGUUACGGAAGUCAUCCGUCCUUGCCGUCAAUUGGAAUUUAGUUGUAAGCGAAACAACACAACGAUUUGUUUGCCGCUUACUGCUCGGUGUAACGGCAAGGUGGAUUGCGCUGGAGGCCUUGACGAAGCAGGGUGCGACUUCUUUUGUGCCCCGAGAGGGAAGUAUUCAUGCAAACAGGAGUUGGUGUGCGUCGCGAAGAGUCAGUUGUGCAAUGGCGUAAAUGAUUGUACUGACGGAUCCGACGAGACCGCCGACGCUUGUUUGAAAGUGAACAAAACAAUGCCGAUAAAAAAAAUUGAGUUACCUUCUCACGAAUGCGGCAAGUUAUACGAGUGCAAGAACGGAGAGUGCCUGGACUGGAAAAGGGUGUGUAACAACAGGAAGGACUGUAAGGACGGCAGCGAUGAGGGUGGAAACUGCACGGCCCUCUGCGAGAAUUGUCCAAGUAUCUGCCGGCAUACCCCAGAGGGUCCUAUCUGUGUCUGUGCCCUCGGCUUCUCCAAGGUCGGAGACACAUGUGUCGAUGAUGACGAGUGUAGGCUCGACCACUGUUCGCAUAACUGUAUUAAUACGCCUGGCUCGUUCGUCUGCACUUGUCAUCCUGGAUACGAGCUGAGAUACGAUCGUCGCUCAUGCAAAUCGUUAAACGGCGAUGCGACCUUACUGUACAUUCAAAACAACUCAAUCUGGCUGCUUAUUUCGCACCAUCACUUCCUCGAACACUCCUACGGGGACAAGAAUAUCACGGACUUCGAUUUCGAUAAGGGGCUGAAUAAAUUAUACGUAGCCGUGCCUGAAACAGGAGAAAUAAUCGAAGUGAAUAAAAACCUCACAAAACCUACGACCACUGCCAUCGGGAAUAUCGGCAGACCCACAGAGAUCUCAGUGGACUGGGCUACCGGAAACAUUUACUUUGUGGACGAGAAGCCAAACGGAAGUGUCAUAAGAGUUUGUAAUUUUGCGAGAAAAUCUUGUGCCAGGCUUCACAACAUACCGUUUAAGGUGACGUCGCUGACAGUAGACUCGAUGAACUCUAUUAUGUUCUACUGUGUGAACCAGGGUAACAGUAGCCAAGUCCAAUCGGCAUCUCUGGCCGGCAAGGGCGUCAAAAACGUGACGUCGGUUAACAACUGUACAGGGUUGGCCAUGGAUGGCCAUUUAAAAAUUGUAUAUAUUUUAGACAACCCUGGUAAAUUAUGGAAGAGUACCUUUGAAGGACAUAAGACCCUGGUAUACAAUGACGAAGUAACCAUGAUCUUCGCCCACAGCCCUACACUAUUCGAAGACCACAUUUAUUUCCUAAAUAACAGCCAAGUGAUCCGUUGUUUCCUAUUCGGUCAUAAGACGUGUCAAAUAUUUGCGAAUAUAAACGCCUCGAGCUUCGCGAUUCGCCGAGAGAACGCUUACACAGAUGUGUGUGAGAAAAAGGAAUGUUCCGGUGUGUGUGUACUUGACAACGGCCCCGCCUGUGUGUGCGCCGAUGGCUCACUAUCAGACGGGGUGUGUCCUAGUUUGAAUCAGGCUGAGGUGACUGAGGCAUCCAAGUUGAUAGAGGAGACAUUUAGCAAACUGUGGUAUUUCUGA